AUGCACGUAACCGCACCAGCUCUCUGGCACUUCUCCGGCUUUCUGGCACUAAAUUCGACUGAUGAUGAGAAGUCACGAAACUCCGGUAAUUCGGGUGAAAAUGGGCGUGAAAGUGGCUAUGGAACGGCUCCAAGCAGAUUGUGGAAUAGUCCAAUGGUUGCGUACCACCAACGGUAUUCAUACGCAAUUUUCAUUUGUGAUUCCCCAAUAGGUCGUGGCAUUUAA